AAAAUAAAUGUUCGCGUAAUUGCUUUAUCGAACUCCAGAAAAAUGCUUUUUGAUGAGGACGGAAUUUCUCUAAAAGACUGGCAAUCGGCUUUAGACAAAGGCGAACAUGCUAUUCCGACAGAAUUUAUCGCACGUGCCAAAGAGCUCAAUUUACGCAACAGUAUUUUUGUGGAUAUUACAGCAAAUGCAAGCGUUUCUGAAACUUACGAAAAAUUCUUAAAACAAAGUAUUGCCGUUGUAACUUGUAAUAAAAUUGCCUGUUCAUCUGCUUACGACAAUUAUAAAAAACUGAAAAGUUUAUCACGUCAGUAUAACGCUCCAUUUUUGUUUGAAACCAAUGUUGGCGCGGGAUUACCCAUUAUUGACACCGUAAAAAACUUAAUUGCAUCAGGUGAUAAAGUGCACAAAAUCCAAGCGGUUUUAUCAGGAAGUUUAAACUUCAUUUUCAAUAAUUUUGAUAAGAACAAUUCUUUUCACGAUGUAGUAAAAGAAGCCGGAGUUCAGGGAUUCACAGAACCGGACCCAAAAAUCGACUUAAGCGGAAUCGACGUUGCGCGUAAAAUCUUAAUCUUAAUUCGCGAAAGCGGUUACGAAAUGGAUAUUGAUGCCAUCGCCAACGAAUCGUUCCUGCCUGCCGAAUGUUUAGCAACAACAAACAACGAAGACUUUUUUGCUUCGUUAACCAAACACGCUGCUCAUUUCGAAAAAAUCUACGAAGAGGCUUUAGCCAAAGAUUCAAGAUUGAAAUACGUAGCACAAUUCGAAAACGGAAAAGCAAGCGUAGGAUUACAAUUCAUCCCGAAAGAUCAUCCUUUCUAUAAUUUAGAAGGAAAAGACAAUAUCGUAUUGUUCUACACAGAUCGUUACGUAGAUCAGCCUUUAUUGAUCAAAGGCGCUGGAGCGGGAGCAGCGGUUACUGCAUCAGGAAUUUUUGCAGACGUUAUUCGAAUAGGAAAUAAUUAA